UCUCGCCCGAUGGAGCGAGCUCACCUCCUCCCUUCCAGAUCCAUCGCCGCCGCCGCCACCUCCCUCCGGCGGAGCUCGCCGUCGUUCAUGGCCUCCCCCACGCCCCCUCCUCUCGCCCCUCCCCUUCCCUCACCACCCAACCGAACCAACCAGCCCACCACACACCCUCACCUCGUUACCGACGCGCCGCCGCCGUCCCCCACGAAUGGUGCCUUCCCCACGAUCUGGAUCCCCAUGAACCAGCCGCUGGCGACCGCAUCCACUCCGCCGCCGGCGCCACCUCCACUCCCCUCCCCUCCCCUUCCUGGCUGGAGAUCCCCUCCUCUCCAAUCCCACCCGCGCUCCACAGCCGAACCCUACACGCGCGCGCGCUAGAGGCCGCCCCGAUCUGCGAGAUGUGGCGCAGCCGCAUGUCGCGGGGCCUCCGGGAGGCAAAGGCCGCCGCCGCCGCCGCAUCUAGGCGCUUCUCCACCACCUCACCAUCCCCUCUUCCUCCUCCUGUGCCCCCAAAUCCAGCCCCGCCGUCGGCGACUCCGCCCUCUACCCCGCUGCCGGCUCCCCCCACCUUCUGCUCCUCCCCUCCCCUCCCCUCCCCUCCAGACCGACUCGACCUAGGCUGGCCGCGUCCUCCAGAUCCGUCGGCAGAGGAGGAGGAGUCGCCUCCUCCCACCGCCACAGCGCCCUCCAACCUUCUCUCCUUCCUCGCGCGUGCCCGGAACCCUAGCCAUGGCACUCAAGGAGUGCUGGUGGUGCACCGAGCGCUGCCUUGACUGGGGCGUCGGCGGCGGCCCUGACCUCAUCAUCGACGACGCCACACUGCUCAUCCACCAUGGCGUCAAGGCCGAUGAGGAGUCCGGCAAGGUCGCCGACCCGGAGUCCACCGACAACCCCGUCAUGCUCGCCAUCGUCCGCACAAGUACCGCAAGAUGGAGGAGAGGCUCGUCAGCGUCUCCGAGGAGACCACCACCGGCGUCAAGCAGAUGCAGGAGUCCGACACUCUCCUGUUCCAUGCCAUCAACGUCCCCAAGAGCAAGGUUGCUUUGAUCUGUACAAGCUGCUGCUGCUCCAGGUGGACAAGGAAGCCCUCAUGGCUGCUGCUGCACUAUAGUCUGCUUUUCAUUUUUUGAACAAGAUGUAUUAAUGUUAAGUUGACAUUACUGUUGCCUUGAGCUACAUACACUUACUAACAUAGAUCUUGGUAUCCUGUUGUUUACUGUAAGACUUGCUGUUUAGCAAGGCUUGAGUAAUUUAGUGUACUGCAUCUUUAGUUUCAAUUGAAAUUUUUAUCAUGCUACUGUGACAUCUACUGAAAAUUUCGAACAAAUGAAAGGAGCACUGUAGUUACAAAUGGAGCCUACAAAUUAUGUACAUCUAUUGUACUCAUUUUUAGUUAUCUGUAGUUACAAAGCAUCAAUUGCAAGACUGUAACUAAACAUAUCUUCUUAUCCUCUUUGAUUUUACUCAUACACAUGCUUCUGAUCCUGUUAACAACAUAGCGUUUGUAAAAUGAUCCUGUUUGUAAUAUGAUUACAAUAGCAGAGUUGACAAUCGAGGGUUUGUAAUGCGGCCUCGUUGAUGUUCUCUUUUUCAUAUGCAGUGCUACUGUUAUGUGUGUGAUGCUCCAGCUCCAUGCAAGCACUGGGAAAAGGGCUCUGUCAAGCAGGUCUCCUGGUAAGCGUCUCGUUUCCGCUCUGUCCCCCAUCCGCCUCUGUCUGUUCGUUCAAACUGCUGGUGCUGCGAGAUGGGUUUGCUUGUGGAUUCUUGUUUUGGUAGUAGUUUGCUUUGCUAUGAGUAAAAUGCUCGUACUUUGCUUGCCAUGUUUGGUUCUUGUCUUGGUAGUAGUUUGCUUUGCUUAUCCAGUAGUAUCAGUCAAUUGGCCAGCCUGGAGCAGCUUGCUGUUGUACAUGAUGGUGUUAACUGUGAAAAUGCCAAGUGUGAGAUAAUUAGACCAGCUGUCCGUUUCUUGCCUGAAUGCAUUCUUUAAAUGACAUGAUGUGCUAGAGACAUGCUACUUACUAUAAACAAGAUGGUGUUUACUGUAUUGUCUUUCAUGCACAUUUGGUGUAUUAUCUUCUGACCUGCUGGUGUCAUAUGUACUGUACACAUAGAAGGUCAACUAUCUUCAAGAACUAUCUUCAUUGUUUCUCCCUGCUGCAUUGCCUCAACCGUUCUCCUUCUAUCUUAGUCUUGAUAUAACUCUGCAGUUUACUUGAAUCUCCAGUUGCUUUCAAAAGUAUAUGCAAAGUGUGUGUGUGUGUGUGUGUGUGUGUGUAUCCAGUGAGCAAAUCUGUAGUAAUUACUGAGUAUACUAUCUGCUUUCUUUUAGUGGAUAUUUUCUUCUCAGUUCUCUUUUGACAUGUAGCUUGUUCUCUUUGAAUGUGCAGGUAGUAUACUGUGCUGGUGAUGUUUUUUCGUUGCUGGGAUCAUUUGAACCUAGAUGUCAUGUGUUAUGUGAUCUGAGCCAUAUGGCAUAUUCUAAAAAAAUUAUGUAUGAUGUUUUUUCGUUGCUGAGAUCAUGUGAAGAUGUACUUUUGAAAUGCUGCUUUGACAACAAACUUGUAUUCCUGUGUAUAUCCUGCUUUGACAGCAAAAUUAUGAAAAUUUCUCAACAAUAUAUAUUGGUUAAAUAUUUUUUUUCCAAUUUUCUAUGCUUAAAGUUGUACUGCACAUAAAAAGGCUACAACCUAAUUGAUGAUGUUGUUGUGGAAUUGUUUAUUUUAUAUAAAAUAGCAAAAAUAAUAAUAAUUCUGCCAAAAGUUAUAAAAACAAAA